UAUUUUCUCUGUUAUAUGAUUUUAUUUUAUUUUUCGCAGAUAGGAUCGACGGAAUGGGUGGAAGAGAACAGGGAAAUGCUUGCUUCUAGGGUAGUUGCUUAUCUGAAUGUAGAUUGUGCUGUCUCUGGAUCAGGAUUCCAUGUUUCUUCAACUCCUCAGCUCGACAAACUCCUCAAGCAGGCUACUCAACAGGUUCAAGACCCAGAUAACUCUUCCCAAACAGUAUACGAAUCGUGGAUUCAAUCAAAUGAUUCUCAAAUGGUUGGGAGGUUAGGAGGAGGUGGAUCAGAUUUCGCAUCAUUCAUCCAACAUGUUGGUGUUCCUGCCGUCGACAUGUUCUAUGGAGGAGAAUACGCCGUGUACCAUUCACUGUAUGAUGACUUUGUCCGGAUGCAAAAGUUUGGGGACCCAAUGUUCCAUAGACAUGUGGCAGUGGCAAGCAUUUGGGGACUUGUUGCUCUUAAACUGGCUGAUGAAGAGUUCUUGCCUUUUGAUUAUGUCUCCUAUGCUUCUGAGCUCCAAAGAAGCACAAAGGAAUUAGAAAAUGAGAUUUUGGGAAAGCUUAUUAGCCUGAGCCCUUUAUAUAAGUCUAUUGAGGAGCUAAACAAGGCAGCCACUAAAAUAAAUGACCAACGAAAGGCAUUAGAAGGCAAUGGAUGGGCAUCAAUGUGGGGGAAGGACCCAUUGAAAGUGAGAGAGCUAAAUGACAGAUUAAUGAUGGCUGAACGAGCAUUUACAGAUAGAGAUGGGCUUUUUGGAAGGCCAUGGUACAAGCAUUUGAUUUAUGGGCCAUCAAACCACAACGACUACGGAUCAAAAUCAUUUCCAGGAGUCGAUGACGCAAUUGAAAAGGCAAAGAGCUCAAACACCACAGAGUCAUGGAAACCAGUACAACAUGAAGUAUGGAGGGUUUCAAGAGCUGUAACACAUGCAUCUCUUGUUCUCAAAGGAAAAUUCACAUGAAUGUGCACAUUGUAGAUUACCUUAAUUGUAGCACCUAUGCCCAUUCAUGAGAAUUUGAGUCACAAUGUAAUAAACUGGAUAUGUGGAGAGAGAGGGAGACUAUUUAUAAGUCUCUUUUCUCAUAUGUGAGGGG